CUUGGGCAUUUGCAUGGGCUGAAGGCAAAGAGGCUUCAUCAGCGACAGCCUGUUUUUAUUUUUAGCCGCCGCUCAGCGCGCGUUGCAGGGGGGCGGGGAGGGAGGGAACGAGGCUGGCUCCCGGCAGGGCGGCAGGACGGGGACACCAGCAGAGAGGUUACCGCCGGCGAGCAGCAGUCAGCCAGGCUGCAAGCUGCCCCGAGGCAGGGAGCAGCGGCCUCUCGCUCCCCUACCCAGAGGAUCUGCCUGGGGGGUCGCUCGGCUCUUCCGCGCGAGCCUCCUGCAGCGGAGGCACCGGCAGGGCUUUGCAAAUGGCCAGCCCUCGGCUAGAGCUGGAGGAAAUUCAGCCUCUGCAGCAGGACGCUGCCCGUCCUGAGCCAGCCUUCGCCGAGGCGCGGCACUGGAUCGAGCAAGUCACAGGCAGAAGUUUUGGUGACAAAGAUUUUCGGUCUGGAUUAGAAAAUGGUAUUCUGCUGUGUGAGUUGCUGAAUGCAAUAAAGCCUGGACUGGUAAAAAAGAUCAAUAGACUGUCGACCCCUAUUGCAGGGUUGGACAACACCAUCUUAUUCUUGAGAGGCUGCAAAGAGCUGGGGCUUAAAGAAUCUCAACUUUUUGACCCGGGUGACCUUCAGGACACAUCAAACAGAAUAGCAGUCAAGAACAUUGACAACAGUAGGAAGCUGAAAAAUGUACUAGUUACCAUUUAUUGGCUGGGGAAAGCAGCAAACAGAUGCACUUCAUACAGUGGAGCAACACUGAACCUGAAGGAGUUUGAAGGAUUGCUGGCACAGAUGAGAAAGGAAACUGAAGAUAUUGAGAGCCCCAAACGCAACAUUCGUGACAGUGGUUAUAUUGAUUGUUGGGACUCUGAACGCAGCGAUUCCCUUUCCCCCCCUCGCCACGGCAGAGAUGAUUCCUUUGACAGUCUGGAUUCAUUUGGUUCCCGCUCACAGCAGACGCCGUCUCCAGAUGUAGUGCUCAGAGGAAGCAGCGAUGGGAGAGGGAGUGACUCUGAGUCUGACUUGCCACACCGAAAGAUGCCGGACGUGAAAAAAGAUGAUAUGUCUGCAAGGCGGACAUCGUAUGGUGAACCUAAAUCAGUUGUGCCUUUUAACCAGUAUCUUCCGAACAAGAGUAACCAGACUGCCUAUGUACCAGCUCCUCUUCGGAAAAAGAAAGCUGAACGAGAGGAGUACCGGAAGAGCUGGAGUACUGCUACUUCACCACUUGGAGGAGAGAAGCCUUUCAGCAAAAACUAUCCUGAAACCAUAGAAGAAGAACAAAAUGAGGCACCAAGACAACAUGAAGAGGAGCAGGUGGGAUGCAUGGCUUCCAGGACAAACCCCAGUAAAAGUCAAGUAGAUUUGAAUCAAAACAAAGGAAAGACUGUAGGUCAGUUUCCUUCAGGUAGUGCCAAAGAAACUGCAGUGCACAAGUGCAAAGAGAAGGAUGCAGAGGAAAUCAGAAAGUUAAGAAGGCUUGAACAAGCUGGUAUUAAGGUCAUGCCAGCAGCACAACGCUAUGGCAGUCAAAAGCAAAUAUAUGAAGAUAGUGAACCUACCCCAGACAUCAUUCUUCACAAGGAGAAACCCUCUCUGAUGCAUUGUCAAGGGAAGGAUUCUGGAUCAGAAGAUGAAGCAGUGUGCAGAGUUCCUGAUCUAGAAAAGGAUGACUUUGCAGCCCGGAGAGCAAGACUGAAUCAGCCCAAACUUACAGAGUCAUUUAACCAGUUUUUAGUUGGGCCCUGUACAAAUAAAGAUAAAGGUAAACUGGAAGGUGUUAAAAAGCCAUUACAGAAGGAAAAACAGGAAUAUGCCAGAGCAAACCAGGUACAUAUGGCAUCAGCAAGGCAAAUUGUGACACGUAAAGAAAACCCAAUCCUGCAGUCUCAGGAUAACAAGUUGGAGGAGGAAGAGCAGGUGAAACUGCCUGAUAUUCAAAGAGAUGACCUGGCUAAACGAAAGACUCAAAGUAACUUUACCCAGCAACAAGAGUCUCCAGUGUUUGUGAAAGCUUCUAUAACGCAAGCAGAUUUGGAGACGUGGAACAGACUGAAAGUAUCCGAGCAGCUCAGUGAAGAAGACCUCAGAUGCUCCAAGGAUCCUGAACCAUCCGCUGAAAUUGCAGUGGAAGCAGCUGUUCAUGAUGAUUUUGCUAGCCGCAAAGCAAGAGCAUACAAAAAGGCUUCUAGCCCAAAGCAGAGGUUUGUGCACUUUGGGCCAGUGACUGAGAUUGAUCAACAGAAAUGGGAGAAGCGUAGUAUUGCCAGGGCCAUAUCCAACAGUGAAACCACAGAGGAGACUGGGAGGGAAAGAGCUGAGAGACAGAUUUGCCAUGAAACCUUUGCAUCUGCCACUGCCUGCAGCCUCCCUACCAUUGGACAUAAUAAUGAAGUCUCCAGGCCACAAAAUGAUUCCAGCACCACCACCACUGGCUCAUUCAUCCCUGAAAAAUGUCCACAAAUCUGUGCUAACAGUCCUCAGAGACUGGCAGUGCAGCCUCAACACAGAGAAGAAAAAGAACAAGAAAGACAACAUCUCCCUGAUACAGGACAAGAUGUGGCGUUCACUAUUCACAUGAGUAGUCAUAGUCUUGAUCAAAUUCAGUCAAAUCAAACUUCACAGCUUCAGGAAGUUCCUGAGAGAAACAAAGUGGUGUCAUCCAGAGACGAACAACUGCAAAUAUUCGGCCCCAGAACUGCUGUGUCUGAUGACGCAGAGAGUGUGAGUAUGUUUGACAUGAGGUGUGAAGAUGAAGCUGUGAUGCAGCCUCACAGCAAGGCUCGCCAUGAAAAACUGCAGCAUAUUCACAACCAACUGAAAGAGGAUGAGGAUAGAUGGCAAGAUGAUCUGGCACGGUGGAAAAGUCGGAGAAGAAGCGCUUCACAGGACCUAAUUAAAAAAGAAGCAGAGAGAAAGAAGAUGGAAAGGUUAUUGAGUGGCGGUGAUGGAACAAGUGAGCGAAGGAAAAGUAUCAAGACUUACAGAGAAAUUGUGGAGGAGAAAGAGAGAAGAGAAAAGGAGCUGCACGAAGCCUACAAGAAUGCCAGGUCACGUGAGGAAGCGGAGAGCAUUCUCCAACAAUACAUUGAAAGGUUCACCAUUAGCGAAGCUGUCCUUGAACGUUUGGAGAUGCCAAAAAUUCUGGAAAGAAGCCAUUCAGUGGAGCCAAAUUCAUCAUCGCCACCGAAGGACCCAAAUCCUAUGAGAUACUUACGGCAACAAUCGCUGCCUCCUCCAAAAUACACUGCCACUAUUGAAGCAACCAUUGUUCCAAUCAGUGAAUCAGAAGCCACUGUUUCAACAGGCCAAACAUCUCCAAGCAAAACUGUUGUCUCCAAGGCUGUGCCUAUGCUGACACCCAAGCCUUACACACAACCCAAAAACACACAGCAGGUCUUGAAAACAUUUAAGGUAGAUGGAAAAGUCAGCAUGAAUGGCGAAACUUUCAAUGGACUUGAAGAGAAGGAUAAAGAAUGUACAACAGUGAUAUUUGCUCCUUUACUAAGAAGAUCUCCAAAGUUUGAAGGGGUGGCCAGAGCAGAUGGAUCCCCGGUGGAACUGAAGCAGGACACCACUAGCAUUGAGCUCAGUUUAAAGAGGCCUGCCACUCACACUGUGCACAGAGAGCUGACAGCCUCCUUCACUGAAGACAUUAAACCAGCCAACCAAAAAGAUGAAACUGAUUCUGGAAGGCCAGAAAUGAUGAAUUCGGGGUUUGCUUCACCAGCUGCAGAACAGAAACAAUUCAAGACAACUGUUACUUGUGCCCGCCCCGCUGUGCCCAGCGUGAAGUUCCCUCCUAGCACCCAUUCUGAAGAAGCAGCUUCAAAAGAUAAAGAUCUGAAGAAACCCGAGACAGAACAACAGAAGGAAGCAGCGGUCCUAGUUACAGAGAAGGUAGUGAAGUCAAAGGCUCCAGAACAAGAAGGGAGUAUAUUAUUUCCAUUUUUGAAGAAAGUACCCGAGACCAGCCAAGUUAUUCUGCAGAACUCUGAUCAACAAGCGGAUUCUGAUAAUAGUGACAAGUCAAAUCGUUUCAGUUUCUGGUCCUGGGAUCCAGAAGAGGAACGAAAGCGACAGGAAAGAUGGCAGCAUGAACAGGAACGCUUGCUUCAGGAGAGGUACCAGAAGGAGCAGAACAAGCUGAAAGAAGAAUGGGAAAAAGCACAGAAAGAAGUUGAAGAGGAGGAGCGUAGAUACUAUGAGGAGGAGCGCAAGAUAAUUGAGGAUACUGUAGUUCCAUUCACUGUUUCUUCAAGCUCUGCUGAUCCCCUCUCCACUUCUUCCUCUGUCACUGAAGGAAAUGGGACAAUGAAUAUGAUGGAACUGAGCAACUCUCAAGAGGAAGAGAAACAAAAGGAAAUUAAAAGACAAGAGAAAUUACCCUGGGAGCAGGAGGGUGCAUCAUUAGCCAAAAACAAGAAAAGUGAACCAUGCCUGGAAAAGAAAAGCAGUGUAAAUAAAGUGCCCACAGAACAUCCAGAGACUAUUCUUCAGAGGGAAAGUGAGCAGGAUCACCAGGUGUCAGUGACGGAGCACAGCUCACCAGUCAUACUGAAUCUACCAUUGACUCAGGAUGUGUUGUGGAGUCAGCAGUUGUUAACGAAACAGUCACCACACAUUUCAGAAGAAGUUAGACAGAAAACAUCUCUGGAUCAGAGCAUAGGCCAGCAGGAUAAUUCCCCAGGCGAAAGGAGAAGGACAGGCUAUCAUGAGAAUUUCAGGCCUGGGCUGUCAUCUCCAUGUUCUCCUACACCUCAAAACCACUCACCCAACAGGUAUCAAAGGUCUGUCAGUGGAAAGAAACUAUGUUCUACCUGUCGGCUUCCUCUUGGAAAAGGAGCUGCCAUGAUUAUUGAAACACUCGGUCUAUAUUUUCACAUUCAUUGCUUCAGGUGUGGAAUUUGCAAGGGACAGCUUGGAGAUGCAGCAAGUGGAACUGAUGUCAGGAUUAGAAAUGGUCUUCUCAACUGCAAUGAUUGUUACAUCAGAUCCAGAACUGCUGGGCAGCCAACAACGUUGUGACAGGAAUUUCAGUCCUAAAAACUUGCCGCAAGAAGGAGCUUCCCCAUCAUGUCCCUGGGGCUGCUUCCAGACAAUCACUUGUAAGAGCUCAUAUCCAUGGACUUCAUAGCUCCCAUCUCAUUUUGUAAUG